AUGACUUGGGCUUCAAUCGUUGCUGCCCCGCCCCCUCCUUCUCCAACCAAGAAAUCUAAGUUUGGAGUCAAGACGAACCCCGCCAUUCCUCCACCUUUAAUCCCUGAAAUCGCCGAUUCACUCCUUGAGGUUCAAGAUCUUUCACUCGAUGGCCCUAUUGAGCCAGAAGGAUUCGUCGACUCACAUGUCUCAACCCACGCCGAAAAUUCUAACCCUACUGAAAGUAGAGAGAAAACCAAGCCGGCUGACGUCGAAAUCGCGAUAGAGACUGGCGAGAGUUGCGAUGAGAAUGGCACAGUUGAGAAGACUGAGGAAGAGACCUUGAAUGAAUAUCUCAACCCGAGAGGUGAUAAGACGAUACAGUGGUGCAUUGAUCAUAAAGAUGAGAUCUUGGAUUUACAUUCAUCGGUUGCUUGGACGAAGGUCUUUCAAAAGGAAUGUGAUGGAUGCGGUAGAUUCUUCAAGCAUUGCAUGUUCAGCAACUCUGAACGUAGGGCUCGACUCGGCUACAGCAACUGUCGCUGGUGCAAUAUUGACAAAGAAGUCUGUAAUGAAGCCGAGUCCUUCACCAUCCACCAUCAUCUCCACUGCAACCGAGGCGGUAAAAAAGAAUGCGGUACGCACUGGGGUUUGAACAUAGUUCGGCCAAAGAAAAAGGUUGAGAGUAUUAUGCAAGGAAAUGGGUUGAGGGAUGUUGAGAGCCCGAACGUUGUGAUGAGGGUUGAUCGGGGGGUGAGUCAGAAGGAGAAGAAGCGGAGAGAGAAGCGGGCGAGGGAGAUGAGUGGACUUUGA